UAUUUCCUUUUUUCCAAAAGUCGUGUAAAAGUGCAACGAAACAUAACGCUUUUUGAAGCUUACUUAAUUCAUACAACUUUAGCAAAGUGUGCGCUAAAAUGCCUCUAGUUAAUUGCAACAGAUCUUACAUAAUAAAUUAUACAUAUAUAGUACAGUGUGAUAUCUCAAUAUAAAUAUUUCACGACUCAAUGAUGAAGCGUAGAAUGUACAAACGACCGUGGCAAAAGUUUCACGAGAUUCAGGAGUCUUUUCGGGAAAAUGCUCGUUUGCGGCCAUCCGAAGAUUCGAAGAACAAAGACGCGGAGGUGAGCGACACGUCUAAUCAACAUUCACCGGAAUUGGUUCUGUACGAAUCGAACCCAUGUCUCUGCAGCGGCAAGCUCAGUCCUGAGAUUAUUUUCAAACGAUUUGAAACAAAACUGCAAACAGAGAGUGAUAAAGACGUGAUCGAGGAUAUGAUUAUCGCAGGGAGGAUUGAACGAUCGAGCUUCGAAUCGAAUCUUUUAAUGUGUGAUUUUAAUAUCGAACCUAGAGAUGAUUUCGCCAACUUGGAAAAUUUAUAUCCUAAGCACAAUACUACAAUCGUGGACGACCCGCUCGAUUUAACGGAUUCGAUUCAUUCAUGCAGUUUCUCUUCCUUAAACAAUGUGUUGAAUAGCGACGCGAAUGAAACGACCGAUAUAACACACGAUGGACAAUCUUCAGCGGAUGCUCUCCAAGAGACGACUCGCCAAAGAAUCUCGCAAACAGCGACAUUUCCUUCCAACUUGGAAUCUCAGUCGCGUGAAGACUCAAUUCCGGAAUCCGCGAAUUUGCACGACAAAUAUGAGAAACAAUCUCUGGAAGAAAAUUCGGAUCAGCAGAAAAAUCGCGAUAUACUCGGAACGAUGGACAAUUUUUAUUCGUUGGACAAGACAUUCUCGAUGAAUGACGAUCUGAUGUGCGAGAUGGACAAUCAUCUAGAUGGACAGUCAUCAAUGAUGAACGUCAAUCAGCAAUCUACCACGGAAACGACUUGCAAAUUACAGAAAGAAUACAUCUCGGAAUCCGCACGUUUCGCAAUCUUUCACGAGAUCGAGAAACAAUCUGGAUUCACUGACGAUAUCGGGCUACUAUCGUCCGAUGAACUGGCUGGAUUAUCGAUUUGCAGAUCCACUGACGAUCACGAUGACUUGCGAGACAAUAAGAAGAGAAGAAAGGGGACACCAAAUGACAAUAAGAGAUUCAUUCUCGAGAAAAUCGGCGAGCGUUUAACGGCGAAUUGGAGUGAGUUUCGCAGGAAGUUUGCCUAUUUGCAACGAGUAAGCAGGAAAAUUUGUGGCGAAGAUUCAACGGAACGCAGCGCGUCCUUGUUGUAUAGAAUACUCCCCUAUGUCUCCGACUCGACGUCAUUUUUCUCCUUUCGUACGUCUUCGGAUCGCGACGUUGCUACGCGAUUCACUGACGAAGGGCACGAAUUCAUAAAGGACGAAGAAAAAGAAGAAGCGAAGAGAAUUGAAUCCAAGAUUCAACCGGAAACAAAUUCUUGCGGAGAAUCGCCGCAAUCGUCGCCGAAAAGCUUUCGAAACGCGACUUCGAUCUUCGAUUACAAAGAAGAGAUGAAGAAGCAGAGGCAAUCGGAGAUUCACCCGAAGAUUAUAGAUUCACUUCCGAGGAAGAGCGAAGAAUGCUUGUUGGAUCCAUCUUCUUGUGGUAAAACGCAUUGGGACAACAUCUUGGAAUCGACGCUUGACCUGUCCACGAUAUUCAAUUACGACAACCGCAGUAUUUCUCUGCAAAAAGUAAAAUGUCAUCAGGAUGAUACCUGUAAACACCAGAUGUCACAAAAUAGCGCGAAGCUACUAAAUUCCCAGGCAUCUCGUCGAAGAAACAUUUGCCGCACAUUAAUUACAUGGGUGAUUGUUCUCUGCAUUUGGUUGAAAAAAAAUCUACUGCAUCUGCUAAAUGGUAGUUACAAGAAAUUACAAAAGGCCAUGUGUAUCUCAUCUUCAUCAACGGAGACUCCUCGAACAAAAAAAUUCAACCGCUUAAUAGCGACAUUGCGUUCUGAAAACGAGAAGACGUUACGCUUACUGUCGAAAAAAAUAACUCGACUCUCGAUGGAUUUCGGCCAGAUACGAACGAGCACCGAAGCCACUCUUAAGGCCCUCACAAUCGAAGUAAAUGUCGUCCGUGAAACCAGCAAAAAGAUGACUGAAGAUCAUAUGACGUUACUGGACGAGCUGAAAAAGUUGCAUGAAAUAUUAGAGGAAGUUCGAUCGAAAUUCUCGCAACCGGUUCCCUUGUUCCCUUCAUGUUCCUCGUUUUCUCCUUCUCGUUUGCCUCCACCUCCACCUCCUCCUCCUCCUCCUCCUCCUCCGCCUCCGCCAAUGCCAUCAUCCUUAAUACCUCCGCCGCCAUCGUCUUUUUCGCUUUUGCCGAAAGUGCAUACCUCCGCAUCGAUACCACCUCCUCCGCCCCUCCCUUUAACUUCCUUGCAGUUCCCAAAGCCACAGUCUCCGACAACCCCCAAUAGUAGCAGAAGUAAGAAGAGUAGGACACCUAGAAAAUGCUCCACGCCGUUGUUCAAUAGGCCAAGCAUCACAGUUGAAGAUCUAUUAAAAGUCACAUUAAAGAAAGCGCCACAAAGUAUUAAGGAUAACAGACGAAACACUGUACCAGGUCCGAGAGGGCCGCUCGUGUCCCUGGAAAUGCUGCGUAACGUAAAGCUAAAGUCUGCGAAACGUAAAUCUGGCGAUCAGACUGGAAAGUCACCCAGAAAUGGACGAAUUUUUAAAAAUCGAACCGCGUCGAGCGUCACCCUUUCGCCGAUUCUGACCGGAUCAGAAGGUAAUUUGGAGCGAAUCCUGCGACAAGUAAAUUUAACCAGACCGAGGAGACUUAUAUCCGGCUCGAAUAGUUUCCGCGAUCGAGACUUUGCGAAAGAGAUGCAAUCUCAAUCGCUGCAAUCGCAAUCCGCGCUUGAAUAAUCUUAUCAGCUCUCCUGCAUCAGCUACCUUAUUUCUCGCUUCUAAUGUUAUAAUCUAAUAGUAGUAAGAAAUAAGAAACCUAAAAUUUAAAUUAGAUAUAUAGAUUAAAUAUUAAGUUUAGAGAUUAAAAAAUAAUUAAUAUAGACACGU